AUGCCCCACCGCGUAGCAAACUUCCUGCGCAACUCGACCGAGAACUUCAGCGUCUCUGCCAUUGCAAACCUCAAGACCAUCCGCCACCAGUCACAACACAACCAGCACCAUAACAAGAACAACAACAGCAGCAACAACAUCCAAGACCAGGGGCUGUUGCGCAGGUUGCCCCUCGACCGCCACUCUUCUUACUCAUCAGAUGACGGCGAGCACAUCCCUUACCACAACAUGUUCGCAGCAGAGCCCAUCGAGCACCUGAAGGAGAAGAAGCACCACCACCACCGCCUCUCUUUGCCCUUCGGCCGCUCCAGCAAGGACUCGCACGAAAACUCCCACGCCAGCCUGGACUGGAAGAUUGAGAGCCCGCCCAUCGUCUUCUUUGGCGAUGCAGAGACCUCCACCGGCGCCCUGGUGUCGGGCCAGAUGCGGUUCGACGUCAAGGACGAACAGCUGCAGGUCGAGGCCUUUGAGGCCAAGCUCAACAUCCACGUCCAGCACAAGCGCCCCUUCACCAACCAUUGCAACGAGUGCUCCAACCAGUACACCGAGCUCAAGCGCUGGACGUUCCUCACCCACCCGACGACGCUGAAGAAGGGCGUCCACCAGUUCCCCUUCUCCAUCCUCCUCGAGGGCCACCUCCCCGCCUCCAUGGACACCCCCAUCACCUCCAUCGCCUACGAGUUCAAGGCCGAGGCCACCCUCGUCAAGGGCACGCCCGGCUCGCAGACGCCCAUCAAGUUUGAGCAGAACUUUGACGUCAAGCGCUCUCUGCCGCAGCCCGAGUUCCCCCACCACUCGGCCAGCGCCCACUACAACCAGGUCAUCCACCCGGCCGGCACCCACAACGUCUCGUUCCGCCUCGACGGCCUGACGAGCGCAAACAACACCAACAAGACGAUCGAGUUCUGGAAGCUCAAGAAGGUGACGUGGAAGCUCGAGGAGACGAUCAAGACGGUGGCGCCCGCCUGCGACAAGCACACGCCCGGCGGCACCGCCACGAACCAGCAAAAGGGCGUCCCCCGCACCGAGACCCGCGUCCUCGGCGAGAAGUACAUGCACGACGGCUGGAAGUCGGACUACAACAGCACCGACGGCCACGUCGAGUUCGAGUUCGACUACGGCGUCCUCGCCAGCAAGCACAGCCACGGCCCCCGCUACGCCUGCGACAUGAAGUCCCUCGACGGCACCGAGGUCACCCACGCCCUCAUGAUUGAGAUGGUUGUCUCCAAGGAGUGGGCGCCCGUCGGCAAGCCCCACCUCGCAACCCAGACGGGCACCGGACGCAUCCUGAGGAUGCACUACCACGUCAUGCUCACCGAGUGCCCCGGCCUCGGCGUCAGCUGGGACAACGAGGCGCCGCCCGUCUACCAGGACGUUCCCCCCUCGCCGCCCGCCUACCCCGAGGAGCCGGCCCCGGUCGACUACGUCAGCCUCGAGCACCUCGACGGACAGGCGCACAACGGCACUGCGCAUAGCAGGGAGGGAUCCAUCACAUCGCCAUGA